CCCCGCUCCAGCCCGCUCCAGCGUCUCUCUCCCUGAAGCGCGCGCGUCACUCACUCGUCAUGUAUUCACGGUCUCAUCGAAAAACUAUUUGAAGUGAACAACUUACUGGCCAUAGGUGGCCUACUUCGCAAGGCUUGAGAGCACAAAGGAUGGGCAGGCUUUCGAUGAACAGAAGUCAUGAAACUUGGCCUUCGAUAAGGAUACUGAACACCAGUUUAAUGUUAUCACUUGCCGUAGCAGCUACCAAACAAUGAAAUUAUUGUUUCAUGGAAUCAAAUUGGCCCAGAGAACCUACAACUUUCCAUCUUCUUAUUUUGUGGGCUAUAUUAACAACAUGCUUCUGAUGAAGAGAAGUCACGAAACUUGGCCUUCGAUUAGGAUACUGAACACCAGUUCAUUGUUUUCUCUUGCCGCAGCGGCAAUCAAACAUAGAAAUAAUAUUUUCUUGGAUUCAAAAUUUUCCCAGACAACCUACAACAAUCCAUUUUCUUAUUUUAUGGGCUAUUCAAGCAAAAUACUUCCGAUCAAGAGAAGUCAGGAAACUUGGCCUUCGAUAAGGAUACUGAACACCAGUUUACUGUUUUCACUUGCCGCAGCAGCUACCAACUUUCAUGGAAUCAAAUUGGCCCAGACAACCUACAACUUUCCAUCUUAUUUUGUGGUCUAUUUUAGCAAUAUGCUUCCGAUGAAGAGGAGUCAUUUAAAAAUAGAGGGACAAAAUUUAAGUGUUAAAAUUAUUUAGAUGUCAAUAAACCUAAUUUUUUAA